AUGGUAAAUGGUUUGAUGGACUAUUUCCUUAAUAAAAGCAGGGAUUCUUGUCAGCCUGAACAAACAAUUGAGCCAUCUGCGAGUGACAACGAUGACGAGGAUGAUGAUGAUGAUGACGACAGACAAAGAGAGCAACCUCCACAAAAAAGAGAAAAUGUGUUUGUCCCCAUAAGAAAUAGGAAAAAGAAACGUGAGUCAGAUGUGGGAAUCAAAGUUCUGAAAUUGCUGGAGUCAAUGAUAGAAAAUGAUCCCACAAAAGAACUCAUAGAAUUUAUGAAAGAAGAUGCUGCAAAAUCAAGGCAAAAUGAGAUGGAACUUAUCAAAAUUUUGUCAAAUCAACAUUCAAGAGAAGGUUAUGCUCCUGUCAUGCAUCAUCAAAAUCAUCAGCAAGGGUAUUUCCAAGCAGCACAACUCCCACAGCACUGGCAACAGCCUGCAGUUCCGAUGGUCUCUCAAACUCCUCCACCACAACAACAUUGGCAACAACCUGCAGUUACCAUGGUUCCUCAAACUCCUCCACCACAACAACAUUGGCAACAACCUGCAGUUCCCUUAGUUCCUCAGACACCACCAAGUGGCCAAAAACUCCCACCAUCAGGUUGGGCACAGUUCGUCGUUUGA